AUAGCUAAAGUUACGUAUGAACAGAUUUGAAUAAUCAAACAAUGUAUUUAUAUUUAACUGCUCUUCAAAACUUAAAUAUUUGUGAUAUUUGACAAACAGGAAGAAUGGACGAAUUUGGUUGAAACUAAAAAUAAUCAUCGAUUUCUUUUUUUGUUAUGUAUUUUGGAUUUUAAUUUGAUAAUAUAUAUAAAACCAUGGUUAUAAGAGGGGUCGUGUUUCCUGUAACUUGCGGAGUCAUUCUGCUUGUAUUCAUAUCAGGGUGUGCCGCUAUAAAGUGCUAUCAAUGCAGCGAUUCUGGUAACGAUGCAAAAUCGGACUGUCUGCGAGGAGUUCGCGGUUUAGCCAAGGAGAGGGGGGACUACGAAAAGAACAAUAAAACAAAUUCUCUGAAGAAAUACCCUUACUUAAAAGAAUGUGAGCAUUAUAGGAGACCUACGACCGGCCAACAAUUGUACGAGUUCUGCAAAAUAGAGAUUAUCACCUCACAAGGUAGCGUUAAUGCGUUUAUUAGAGACUGUAGUGACGGUACAGACUUUUCCGCAGAUCUUAAUCUGACAAGGUUGAGCUUUCAGAGGAAAUAUUUAAGACCCGACAACCAGUCUACUUGUGGAUACAGUCAUCGUCAUCUGGCUAACAUAUGUGUACAACUCUGUGAUACCGACUUUUGUAACGGCCCUACAGCCGGACAGACUUUAGUGCAUGCUAACCAUCUUUUUAUUUUUAUUUUAACAGCGCUCAUUGUGCACUCUCUGAAACUGUUAUAAAAAAUCAAAUCUAUUUUGUUUAAUGUAAAUCAUUUUAAUGAAACCAUUAUAUGAUCGUGUGUGUGAAGGAAUAGUCAGAUUUUGUUGGAAAUGAAAUAUAUAACGUGUUAUGUGAAUUUUUUUUCUCAUAAGCUUUUAAUGUACUUACAAAUAAUUUUCAAAAUACA